CUUCUUUUCCAGUACCCAGUGAGCCACUCGCAGCCUCCCCCGUUCUACGUGGGAGGACCCAUGGGAGGGAUGGACAACAUGGCGGGAAGUGAGCCGUCCCAACAGGCUCCGCCCCCAGCGCCGAUGACCCCCGUCCCCACUUCUUCAGCGUCCUCCUGUUCGGCAGGGCCCUCUCCUUCCUCCCAGGGAUCUGAGACCUCGUUCGACUGCACGCACUGUGGCAAAUCUUUGCGAUCCAGGAAGAACUACAGCAAGCACAUGUUUAUCCACUCGGGUCAGAAACCUCAUCAGUGCUCCAUCUGCUGGCGCUCCUUCUCCCUGCGGGACUACCUCCUCAAACACAUGGUGGUGCAUACUGGCGUCCGGGCCUUCCAGUGCACCAUGUGCGGCAAACGCUUCACGCAGAAAAGCUCCCUGAACGUGCACAUGCGCACCCACCGUGCCGAGCGCACCUUCCAGUGCAAUGUUUGCCACAGGGCAUUCACCCACCGCACCUUGCUGGACCGCCACGCCUUGCAGCACGCCCACCACGCCCCGCAGACCCUCGGCCCGGGUCAGGGGCGUGGAGCCGACAUGACCUCACCUACCAAGCACAGUCCUCCAGGUAUGGGAGGAACCUCAGGUAUGGCUGGCUCAGCCGCUAUGGUUGGCAGCAUGCCGAGCAUGGCCAGCCAUGGAGCUUCCUCCACCUAAAUACAGGAGGAAAUGGGAGAAAGGGAAAUUCAGGGGAGAGGAGGAGGAGGAGGAGGAGAUUAGUUAGCUCAUUCCUCAAACCAACGCUUAACACUUUUUUUUUUUUUUUUCAUUAUUUGGUGGUAACAGCACUUAAAGCAGGGGUGUCCAAACGUAUCGUCACGUAGGUCGAAAAUAUAGAUUCAAAAGGCCAAAAACACCCAACCUAAAAUCAGUCAAAUAAAGUAGCCUUCACAUAUUAUAGAUCCAAAACUUGGCAGUAUCAGGACCUUUGUAGAUAGAAAAAAAGAUCACAUUUUUGCCAAAAACUCAGAAAUCUUGUCAUUAAUCUGAGACAUUUUCUAGAAAACUUUAAAUUUUUCAAAAGAAAAGUUUUGACAUUUCAAUUAAAAAAUUUUGUAGAAAGUUCCUGAUAUUAAUCUAAAAGUUUUAUUAAUUUUUUUUCUUGUUUUUUCUAGAAAAUUUCUGAGAUUACCCUCAAAUGUUUUAAGGUUUUUGCCAGAAAUCUGCUACUUUUUUAUUUUAUAAGACCCUAAUACUCCUUCGUAGAUUUUGCAUGUUUGUAUUAAAAGAACAAAGUCCAGUUUUCAGUUUCUUUGGGCUCAAUUUAAUAAAUUUUCAGUAAUAAGAACAGAAACUGGGUUACUUUGUUUCAAACCGUUUGCUAUUUUUAGCUGAGUUUAAGAAAGAAUAAAAGAUAAUUCUGGGUGCAGCAAAGUUGGCUUUUCAGUAAAAGUCUCUUGGUUUUACCUUUUGUUAAAACUUGGUUCUAAAACCACAAAUACUUUGUGUUGUACUUUAAAUUUCCUGUGUCGGAAACAUUUUUUCACCUUGGUUACGAAUUGAAAGUCUCUGUCUGCAUAAACGGGUCAAAUUUCAAUCAUAUUUGAACUGCAGUUGGGGGCCGCACAAAAUAAGUCCAAGGACCACAAAUGGCCCGUGGGCCUCACGUUGGACACCCCUGGCCUUCAGGCUUACAUGUCUUAUUGCAUUAGCUUAACUCCACCUUCAGUCAGGGUUUGAGGGUUUAGGAGAAAAAGAUGUUCAGUUCCCAGAAAGCUAUAAUAAUAGUUGUAGCCUGAUUAUUAUUUUUUAUUUUAAUUUUUUAUUUGUUUCCUGUGUUGUGAUGUAUUGCUAAGAGCAAAGUGGUAAAUCCAGCACACGUAUGGGCAGCGCUUCGAAAAGUAUCGAAUUAAAAACAUUUUUGUAGAAUAGUGCAGAAACCCUGUUUCAUAAAGUCCAGAGAGAUUAUGAGUUCCAUUCACCUUCGAUGGGUUUCAUUCAGGAUCGGUUCUCUUCUAUCUGUUUAAAGCCAUUUCUAGUCGGUGAGCAAACCCUGAACUGGACCAGUUGGAUGUUUCAAGUGAAAUAUAAACUGUUGGGAUUGUUAUUUUGUUACUUUGGUGGCGGAGUUGAAUGAAUUGCAUAAAACUGACUGGGAAUGAGCGGGUGCUAUGUUUUUAAAAGCUCACCAUCACAAAAACCUCUUAAAGUUUGUUCUUUUCUGAUCUAAGAAGUCUUUCUAAUGAUAUUCUAGAAAAGUUAAUGAAACUCCCAUACACAAAUUAGUUUUUCUGUUUGGAUAACACUGUUUUAGAAGCUAAUAUAUGCAACAUGCGGCUAGAUGUCUGUUGGUAAAAUAAACAGCCUUGUGCAGGCUAGCAACCAGGGAAGCUAACACAGAUGAUAAACAACACAAUGGAAGCUUAUUACACCUUCCAUACAUUAGCGAUAAUAAUAAAACAGCCAUAUAUUACAUGUAGGAGCAGCAUUAAUAGUAAUAUAAUUAAUUUUUAAAUGAAAGCAAUUAAUAUAAUUUUAAACGUGUAAACUUUAAACUUCCUGCUUCGAUUUCAUACACAUAAAGAAACUAUUUCAUAUCCCUUUACUUAAUAGUUUCAGAUAAUUUUAUUUCUCUUGGUAGUUUGUUUUUGAUGAAUUUAUGAUUAUGGGUAACAUUUAUUGAAGCAGAAAAUUUUAUUUAUCACCUCGGCAUCACUAACGUCUCAGAUAAAUUGUUCAAACUUAAUCAUCUGUGCGGUAAUGAAGUGUUAACUUGUGAGUUGACAAUGAAUUUGAAGAUCUGUUCACAUGAUUAAGCAGCUUUAUCUUUAAAAUGUGUGCAGCAGAUUUAUAUGAACUUGAAAGAGUUACUAGCUGCGUUUAAAUUGACAAAAUGCGCAAUUUAAUACUUUGAAAAUAAAUCUGCUUAAUGGAAACACGCCAGCUUCGAAAAA